GGCGGCGGCAAUCUGGUUCAGACGAUCAAGAGGAGCUACAGCCUCAGUGAUCUGAGCGAGCCAGAUAUGCACCGCACCCAGGAUGAGCUGGACUUGGUGAUGAGGUCGCCCAUGUCCUCGUCGGUGGUGAUGCGCACACAGCCAACUGCAACGCGUCUCCUGCGGCCACGUAACCAGACGCCCGUGGGCAGAUCUGCCAGCGGCACGCGUCACUCCACUGGAAUGUACUUUACCGAGGUAGAUGUGACCGCCAAGAAUGCGGGUGACUUCAACUACAACAUACGCAGCCAGGAUGACAUCAGCUCUGGCUACUCCAGUGCCGAACCGAUUAGUGGACUCAGUCGCACUUCCUCCAUGACAAAUGCUUCCAAGGGCCGUGUCAAGUCCAAGCGCAAUGAGCAGUUGCUGGAGGAGAUGAGAGACGAGGUAUAUUUGGAGAAUCAGCUAUACUUUCAAGGUGUUCGCCAGGAAAGGGAAGAAGAAUUGAAGGUUUUUCACAAUGUGGAGAUGAUCACACAUCAUGAAGUUGACGAAGAGGAUGCAGAAGAGGAUGACUUCUAUGAAGCCAUGCCGUUGAUAGAAACAGAUGAAGAAGAGAGAGCCGCAGAGCUCGAAGUUCUGUCAUGUGGAGAAUCAAAGAAAGAAGAUCCAUUUGAAGGGGAAAAUAUGAAAACCAAAGACGAGGCAGUGGAGCAUUUGAUUCCAACUGAAACCAAGACAAAAACUUUGCAAACAGAUGUACCUAUUCGGUCGGAUGAAGACACGCCAACCACCGAGAGCAAACUAACUGAUUUAGUAGCACCCGUCAUAGAUCCUUUUGUGCUGGUAGUACGCUCUUUGGCCACAGAUACAGAUCCGGAACCGUCCGAACGAUCGAGGCCAGUGUCGCCACGGGAACUGCGCGCCACCUUGGAGGAGAUCAAGCACAGCUUUCGGGCCCAACUAGAGCCAGAGGUACAGAUGUCACCUUCUCCCUCCCCUUCGCUCCGUCCCAGGGCCGUGCAUGGUAAGGGACGAGCACCACUGCCUCCGCCUCCGCGGCCACCAAAGCGACACUCGCUGAGUCCCCAACCAGAUGCCAUUAGCCAGACGUCGACUGGCAGUGUAGAACGCAAGUCAGGUAUCGGCCAACUGUUCCAGAAUAUCAAAGCUAACGUGCUGCGUAACAAAGCUAAUCCCAGCCAGCUGGCAGCCCCCAUGCCGGACGAGCCAGUGCCGGUUAGGGAGACGGAGAUCUAAAGACAAAUCCAUGUCUACUAGCUGCACCACCUUGCCCAGGACCAGCAGCCGCAGGACUGAAAAAUCCCA